AUGAAACAGAGUGGUAUAGCAUGGCAAGAAAAUAAAUUAUUGUCGACAGCUUUGUUGGCAACAGGUGCAGUAAAUUUCCACGAACAUAAUAAUGUUCGUGAAGACUUCAGUGCGGAUGAUUCGCCAUCACGGUAUGAAUAUGCCGUCACCGAAGAUUUCUUUCGAAGUUUCGGGUCACCAUUUCAUGUGGUGGUAGCUAUGAAAGCUGCUGAUGAUGGAUCACUGUUAAGACCUAAAUAUUUGGACAAAGUAAUUGAGACCGAAGAUUAUUUGCAAUCUAAACUCAGUGUUCCAUAUAAUGGACGACAGAUUACUUAUUCGGAUUUUUGCGAAUCUAACUGUGAAACGAGUGAUGUUGUGAGCAUUUUUCUAAACAUGUACAGAGAAGUUCAUAUCAGAAAAAAGGGAAACGUCAAGUUAACAUAUCCAUCCAUGGAUGUAUUUGGUAAUCGGAUAUAUUUAGCCAAUAAUAUUUUUCAAGUGCAACUUAACAACAAAUCUCAUAUAAUCGAAGGUUGUCGAAUGAUUGCAAUUAACUUUCAAGCAAUUCAAAAGAAUGCUUCAAGUGUAGAAAUAAUGAAUCGCUGGGAGCAUGAGGUGUUCAUGUUCUCUGAAAGUACUAAAAAUGAUUCAUUGAUCCGAGUCUAUGCUACAUCUGAAGGCUUAGUCAGCAAAGAAGUCCGUCGGACAGGCUUACAAGCAUUGCCUUUUAUUACUGUAUCCUUUCUUGCGGUAUUAUUAUUCACAGUGAUAACAUCACUGAAACGAGAUCCAGUAACCAGUAAGCCAUGGGAAGCAGCAUUCGGCGUCUUCUGUCCCAUCCUUUCACUUGUCGCAUCCUUCGGACUACUGUUUUGGUGUAACUUCCCUUUCUUACCAAUCGUCUGUGUGGUACCAUUUCUGGUGUUAGCAAUUGGUGUUGACGAUGUGUUCAUCUUUCUUCACUGUUAUCAUCGAACUGAUCCCAGACUUCCUGUUGAAGAACGAAUUGGUAAAAUGCUUGCUGAAGCUGGGCCAUCGAUAACGAUCACUUCCCUCACCAAUUUUUUAUCAUUUGCGAUCAGUAUUUUCACGCCAACCCCAGCUAUACAGAUAUUCAGUGCAUAUAUCAGUGUUGCGGUAGUAUUCGACUACACUUAUCAAAUUUUCUUGUAUUCUGCAAUUUUGACUUUUGGCGCGCACCGCGAGAAAAAACACUUGCAUGCAUUCAUUCCGUGUAUAUCGAUUUCUGAAACUGAGAAGCGAUCGCUCAAAACCCAAUCAGAUAUUUCGGAUACUCUGGAAGAAUUAAUGAAUGAUUUUAUUGAUUUAUGGGUAAAUAUAGCAAUGAAUAAUGUGACAAGGAUAAUUGUCGCUUGCUUUAUGAUCAUUUAUUGCAUCGUUGCAACACAUGGAGUUAUGCAAAUUAAAGUUGGGUUAACAUCAGAAAAGUUAUUCUCAUAUGAUUCACCAUUGUUACCAUUCGUAAAAUUGCAAACCGAAAUUAUUUUCAAAGAAGGUGGCCAGGUUGCCGUAUUUGUAAAUAAUCCAGGUGAUAUGCGGAAACCAGAAAUAAUUCCGGAGAUAAUGCGACUUGUCAAUGAUUUUGAACAUGCUACAGGAAGUAUCGGUUCCGCUAGUACUCAUCUAUGGUUUAUUCCAUAUUUAUCGUAUGUAGGGAUACAGGAACAUGGCGAAAUUGGUUUUAAAUAUAAAUAUUUGCCGGAAUUCAUGAAACUGCGUGAAUAUCAUAGUUGGAAUUCAUUUGUCAAUCUGGGAUUAACUGAGGAUUGUAUGAAUGAGAAACCAACAUGUUUACAAAAAUUCUUCUUCUCAACGGGUUUUCGAAAUGCUGUGCAAUGGUCGGAGCGUUUACAACUGCUUCAGGAAUGGCGUAAUAUUGCGGCUCAUUAUUCGAAAUUUAAUGUUUCAAUUUAUGAACCUUUCAGUAUGUAUGCAGAUCAGCUGCUUACAAUAGUUCCGGUGACGAAGUCCACUGUAAUAUUUGCAUUUAUUGUUAUGGCACUUGUACUGACCGCUUUCACACCCUCUAUAACAACAAUUGUUUCAUCUACUCUUACCAUUUUAUCAAUCAAUUUGGGAGUGCUCGGAUCAUUGACAUAUUGGAACAUCGAUCUUGACCCUAUUUCAAUGGCUACUAUAUUGAUGGCUAUUGGGUUCUCUGUGGAUUUCAUUGCUCAUAUCACAUUCCAUUAUUACAAAGGCCAAACAAAGGGUAAACGUGAACGUUUGAAGCAUGCCCUUAGAUCAAUAGCAUGGCCUAUGACACAAGCUGGUAUUUCGACUAUAUUAUGUCUAUGCGUUCUUGGUGUCAUCCAAGCCUAUAUGGUGAAAGUUUUCGUAAAAGUAGUAGUAAUAGUUGUCGUGCUUGGCCUUCUUCAUGGUCUGAUUAUUUUACCAGUUGUUUUUGGUGCAUUACCACCGCGGAAACGAAUUGUUGCUGACGUUGAGAAAGUGUCCAAAACUUCAGCUCUGCAAAAGAAUCACACGAUACGAAUAGUUGUACCAGCAGCAACACCAAUAACGAUCAGAAAAAAUGAGCUGGAAAAGCAAAUUUCCGCGGGUCCACGCUAUCAAGAUUCGAGGGGUUAA